AUGUUUGCGGCAGACUCUCAAAACUCCCUUCUCCUAGAGCUUCUGCGCCGCGUUGAUCUGCUGCAAUAUCAAAUAGACCAGAAGAGCCAGCGCGAAGCUUAUCCAGAAUCUGCUGCACACCACCCGAGCCUUUUUGCAUUAAGUCAGAGACCCUCGGUUCGGACCUCGUAUUCUGUCGGCCCUCUGCCGAAGAGACACUCUGUUUCGAUGCACGAGCCGCGAACAGAAGAGCCCUUUGAGGCUUACGACGGGUUCUUCAUCCACACCGGGAUCUCCUACGUUCCAUGUUAUGUCUCAUCGUCCAGUGGUGCUUUACUUCUUCGCUUAGCUACUGACAGUUUUGUAUUCUCAGUGCCAUUCUUGGCCAUAACUGGUAUAGCCUGUGAUGCAAUUCAGCUCCCCGACACGUCUAAGCUGCUCUAUAUGUCACGCAUAAGCUAUUUGGACGAGGGCCAGAGCUUGCACAGUUACAAUGCCUUAACGGUGUAUUCUCCCUCCAAGAGCUUAUCGGAGCAACUAGUCAACUAUUUAGUACGAGAAGCCAGGCUGAUGUCGCGGGAUCGCAUUGAGACCCAUCCUGCUCACAUGGGUCUAGACAACCUGGGCAGGGGAAGAAGCCAGUCCUAUUCUCGGCCUUCUUUUAGUGGAAAACGAUCCUAUACAAACCCCGCAUGGAAAGACGUUCCAUUCCCCUAUCCUGAUGGGCGCGAAAUGUCUCUAGGAAGCAUAGCUCCCUCAAACUUCGCCUCUGGAAUCAAUGUUCAAGCUUCUAGCCUGAAGACGCCGGUAGAGUCUGCGCAAAAGUUUUGGCCGGAGCUUGUGGCUCGAAGACAGUCCUACAUGCACGAUUCAUACUCUGCCUAUAGCGGGAAGCAGUACGAUACCGAGCGAGACAUGGGAUUCUACUCCUUCACAACCAAUGCUAGCAUGUAUGACCGCCCCAUUUCUCAGUCUGAGAAUCUUCGCAUGGCGACAGGAACGCAGGCCUCGAAUCUCCUCAGCUUUGGACAGGGUUGCACUGGCGCCGCACACCUCGCCACACAUUCUAGCUCGCCUAAAAGGAGCUCUCAGAUGCAGUCGGACACUGCGAGCGUUUUCCAGCAGAGCGGCUACGCGAAUCCGUCGAGCCAAACCGAGCCGUCCAAGAAGCUGGACGGAAUCACGGAAAAGUCCCUGAACAGCAUCUGCAACGAGUACGAACGGGUGAUCGAACAGCAGAACGAGCUGGUGACAAACCUCUGGGGGAUCGUUGGGGAGCUCAACAGGCGCUUGAGGGAGAAGGGCGAGUAA